ACAAUUCAAUUUUCAAAAUAACGGUUUAAAUACGAGGCGGUCGUUCGUAUUGUUUCACAUACGUAAAAAUUAAAUAAAAACAAACCAAAAGCAUGGAUAGACCAGAUAAUCAUUAAUUUUUAGUUCAUAAUAUAGUGAAAUACAAUGGAGCCUUCAAAAGAAGCUAUAGCAGUGCGCGUCACGCGAUUAAACCGCCAAAUCCUUGGCAAGGUGAUUGGGGCCACAAGUAAACUGAAUAAAAGGAUUUUAGAUCGCGAGACUUUACUGGAUGCUCUCACGGUUCUUUAUGAUGAUUGCAACGAUGAUCCAGUCAAGAAAAGCGAUGAAUUGGUCAGGUCUUUUGUCGAUAAAUACCGUAGCACGCUGGCUGAUCUACGGCGUACGCGUGUAUGUUUGUCUGAUUUUGAUAUCCUUCAGUCUAUUGGCCGUGGACACUUUGGAGAAGUACAUAUGGUGCGGGAAAAAGAAACUGGUGAUGUUUAUGCAAUGAAGACAUUGCGCAAGGAGCAGUCCCGCAAGCACAGGGCUGGAGCAGCUGAGGAUGAACGAGAUGUACUGGCUAAUGCCAACAGUCCAUGGAUACCUCGACUACAGUACGCUUUUCAGGACAACAGCCACCUGUACCUGGUGAUGGAGCUGUGCGCAGGCGGCGCGCUGGCGGGGCUGCUGGCGCGGCGCGGGGCUCCGCUGGCCGAGCGCGACGCCGCCUUCUACGUGGCCGAGGUCGCGCACGCGCUCAAGGCGCUCCACGCCAUGGGAUACGUGCACAGGGAUGUCAAUCCUAACAACAUUUUGCUGGACCGUUGCGGGCACGUGAAGCUGGGCGACCUGGGGUCGUGCGGGCGGCUGAGCGGCGAGGGCGGCGGCGCGGGCGGCGUCACGCCAGACUACGUGGCGCCCGAGCUGCUGGCGCCCGACUGUCGCGGGUCGCACGCCGGCUGUCUGCUGUACUGCCGCGGCGUCCUCUCCGCCUCCAUUUCAGCGGUGGACUACUGGUCGCUGGGCGUGGUCGCGUUCGAGCUGGUGACGCUACGGCGACCCUUCUCGUCCGGGGAUGACGACUCUGUUACGCAGGUGCUCAACAAUAUACAGAAAUACGAGCGCGACCCCGAUUCCACGCCGCCAUUCGAACCCUUGCCCGCGGGCCCUUCGGCCGAAUGGCGCUCCCUAGUGGCGGGGCUGCUGCGAGUGCAGCCAGCCCAGCGGUACACCUACCUCGACACCCUGCGGCACCCCGCGCUGCAGCAUACGGCCCCCAUCAACAUUCGCGACCAGGUGCCGCCGUGGGUGCCGUGUGUGCGGGGCCCAGAGGACGCGGCGUACCUGCCCCGGGCGCCGCGUGAGCCGCGCGCCCCCGACGCCGCGCCCUUCCGCGCCCGCCCGCCCUUUGCUGGGCAACUGCCCUUUAUUGGAUACUCGUAUGUGGCUCCUGAAGAGAGUGAAGAGUCUACGAUGAGCAGCGGCUUCAAUGCGUCGCACGACUGCACGGCCAUCGACAUGGCUACUUUCAAGUCUGCCGAGAAGCUGGCAGCGAUGCGAGGCCGCGAAGUGGUCUCCCUGCAGCACAAGCUGGCGACGGCCGAGGCGGCGGCGGCCGACGCGGUCUCUCGUGCGCGCCGCGACGCCGACGCCGAGGCCGAGCGCACGCGCGCCCGGCUGCAGGCCGAGAUCACUGCGCUCACGCUGCAACUCAGACGUCUAGAACGCCAAGUAGAAGUGGAAAAGGAAGAGCGCAUGGCUCUCCAGCGCACCAACCAAGAGCUGAACUCUCGUAUAAGCGAGCGCAAUAACGCGGCUUUAGCCGAAAUGGAGCGAGAGAGAGACGUGUUGAAGGAGGAAGUGGGGCGGAUGGAGAGUCAGAUACAACAGCUGCAUGCGGAGUGUGCGCGUGCGCAGACUGCGGCUGAUGCGGCCAAAAUGACCCAGCAGCAUUAUAAGGAUAUUAUUACACAAGUGCAUGAUUUGCGACAUAGAAGGCUAACAGAAAUCAACGUGCGUCCGAUUGAUACAAUAGCAAAAGAGCGAGCGUUACGUCGACAAACCCUUAGCGGUGGGGACGAAACCCGCGAGGUGGCGGCGCGCCUCGCCUCGGCCGAGGCGGCUGUAGCCAGGGAGACGCGAGGCAAGGCCGAGGCCGAGGCGCGGCUGGUCGGCCUCGACGCGGACAACACUACGCUGCGCGCGGAGAACGAAGCGCUCAAGGUUGACAACGCCACGCUCCAGAGAGAUCUGGAUGCUACGAGGAAAGAGCUGUUGGAGUAUAAGAAUUCCUAUUUGGAGAAGCAGCGAGUGGUUGACACGUCUUCGGAACAACUGAAAAUCGCUCAACAAGAUUUGGCUCAGGAGCGGGUUCGCGUCACUGCGCUCAACGCUCAGGUUCAGGAAUUAGAACGCAGUAUUGAGGAGGCGGCGCGGCGGGAGACAUCGCUGGAGGAGCAGUGCGCGCGCACGGAGGCGCGGCUGCUGCGUCGCCUGGACGAUGCGCAGGCGCAGGCCGCCGCUGCGCUGCAGGACCACGACCGACAUCGGGAGAAGGUGAAAACACUAGAGCAACUAGUUCGCCGUCUGGAAAGCGAAGUGAGCGCUCUAGAGCGGCGGGUGUGCCCCGAGUGUGUGUCGCGAACGAGCGCCGAGCGCGAGCACACGCCGCGAACCAAGCACGAGCGGGACAAGAUGGCGGCGGACGGGUACAGCGACACGGAGAGUGUGGACGACGGGCCGCACGUCGCUAACGCUCAGCUGACUGUACUCAAAGAACAGCUUGAAAGGGCAGAGGCUACAUUGCAGGCUCGCGCCGAUGAGAUUGCUUCUCUGAAACAAGAGGCUCGAAGUGCUAAUUUAGCAAGAUGGAGAAAAGAGAAAGAAUACAACGAACUGUCUCUAGAAGCAAAAUCAUCAGCGCGAGAAUUGAAGCGACUAGAAGAGCGUCUCUCAGCAGUGUUGGAAGCUAAGAAGACUGCCGAGCAGAAAGCGUUGGAGCUGCAGAAAGAGAUAGCGACACUGCGGCCGGAACAUGAGCGAGCGAGCAAGGAAGCGACGCGGCUGCGGGAACAGAUGGAUAAGAUGCAGAAGACGCUCGCUACUGCGCAGGCUGAAGUGGACCGUUCCCGAAACGACAUCCGCAAGCUGAAGAGCGAAUUGACAUACAGCGAGAGACGUCGCCUGCACGCGGAGGAGCAAGAGGAGCUGUCGAGCCGCGAGCGCGCGCUCGUGAGGGAGGAGCUGCAGCAGCUGAGGGCCCGGGCUGACGACCUGGAACAGAAUAACAAGGCGUUGCAAGAGGCCUGUAGUCUGCUGGAAGAGCAGCUCACCGACUUGGAGAAAUUGGCUGAUCAUCAUGAACUGAAAAAUAAAGAUCUUGAGAGCGAACUGCAGCGACUCCGCAGCGAUUUAACGCUAAGUCGCUCGAAGCUAGCGGAAGCGGAGCGGCAGUCGUCGCAGGCGGCGGGCGAGCUGAACAACGUCGCGCGACAACACGAGGAGGCGCGCGACGAGGCUGCGCAUGCGCACUGUCAAAUCAAACUGCUGCAGGAACGAUUGCAAAAUCGCGAACAGCGCGUGUCGGAGCUGGAAGCUCGAUACGCGGAGUUAGAGAGCUCCCACUUGGCGCGUGAAGCUGCACUGAGCGCGGCGGCGCGGCGCGUGCGCGAACUGCAGGAGGAGGCGGCCACGCUGCGUACUACCGCGCACCAGCACCACGCCGCUGCGUUGCAGCUGCAGGCCUCGCUGGCUGAGACACAGGAGGAGUUGUCGUGCGCCCGCGAGUCCGCGGCGGCGGCGGCGGCGUGGUGGCGCACGCGCGAGACCAAGGCCGACGCCACGCUGCGACAGCAGGCCAAGCUCAUCGACUUCCUGCAGGCGAAGGUGGAGGAGGCGACGCGCAAGAAGUGUUCGCUGAGCAACAAGCUGUUCGGGCGCUCGGGGCGGCGCUCGCCCGCGUCGCCGCCGCUGCGCCGCGCCAACCGAGAGUUGCGUGAGGAGGUCGAAAAAUUGCGAUCGAAAUUGUCAGCACUGAACGGAGAAGAUUGUCCGCCAACGCCAAAAAGAGAAAAACCGAAACAGAAACGCAGUAUUAAUGGACGUAGGAGCAAUGAGUUUGCAAAUGGUGAUGGAGACGACUUCGUUACAAUUGUGUGGUCGGACGGCGGUCGCGAGCAAAUGCGUGCGUCCUUGUCUGACGGCAACAUCUCGCUUCACUCUCUCAACACCAGCGGCAGGACUUUCAAGGGCAGACUACUGUCCACGCAGGCCCCUCAUCUCUCGCACGGGGACUCCAACAGAGCCUUCAUGGUAAAGUUAGAAGAGUCUCCGCGUGACAACGAAGUGGCCGUUGUAUGCAAAUCCGUUACGGCCCGCGCGGAUUGGAUCGCCAAGCUGAAUGUUGUCUCCCCGUCUAAAGAAUUGGGCGCGGGCUACGUGGGCCGUACGCUGUGUUCACUCCGCGUCCCGCCCAACACCGCGUUAUAUCUUGCUGAAGACGCAGUCUUGAUUGGUGGUCCGGACGGCCUGCACUCUCUCCGCGGCCCCAUCCAGCUGUGCGGGCCGACUGAGCCCGAGCGUGCGCUGGCGGCGCUGGCGCUGUGCGGCGCGCGCGUGGCCGUGAGCGGCGCCGCGGGGCUGCGGCACGCGGCGCUGCGGCCGCUGGCGUCCGCCGCGCGCCGCGACCCGCAGCUGCGCGCCGCCGUCGCGCUGCAGCCGGUGUCGCUGCCCGACAACACCGCGCCGCAUCGACUAGUGGCCCUGACCGGAGACGACAAAGAGGCGGCGGUGGCGGUGGCGGCGGCGGCGUGCGGACGCCGCGUGUUCGUGCUGCGCGCGGCGGACGCGGAGCUGCGUGCGGCGCGCGCGCUCACUGUGGACCGCGCGCCGCACGCGCUCCUGCUCACCGCGCGCGCGCUCUACGUCGCCGGCGACAAGCCUCUCAAGAUCCCCCUCCCCGCCGGCGCACUCGAGGCCUUCGCCAUGGACGAACCCAUCAUAGCUGCCGCCGCCCGAAAACAUUCACCGCCCAAGGAAAUAUUACUGAUCCGAGAAAACCCCCUCGAAAUACUCCUUUGCUACUCGGAGCUGGGCGUGUUCCUCGACGAGAACGGCAAGCGCACGCGUCACGAGGACCCCAAGUGGAGCGCGGCCGUGCACGCCUGGGCGUUUGUACAUCCCUUCUUGUACGUGAUCGGGGAGGACAGGGUCACCAUCGUCUACCUCACGGAGGAGGUCUACAGGUCCCCGCCCUGCACCUGUGACACCACAUCUCUAGCCUCCACCGCGUCCGACUGCUAUCUGCCCCAAAUAUUCAACUUGAAAAUAAAUGAACCCUAUUUGCUCGGUACGGCGCCGAACGGAGUGAUAAUCCGAUCAAAAGACGGUGAAAAAUAUAAUGUCUCCAUUCUGGAAGGGAUGGCCGCGUUCAGAAGUGUCGGCGCAUCCAUAGAAUCCUUAUCGACGAAUUCAGACAUUAAAGGAUCUUCGACAGAUUUGGCGCAGUCCAUGACGGAUCUAAGCGACAGACGGGCGCCGCAAGAUGUCUCACAGGAGAGCAUCGAGGAGACGACAGGAUUUCUUGCCGAUAUUAGAAAGAGAGCGCAACAACUUCGCAACAAAAAUCGCAAAGAGCACACUUCACAAGUGUCUUCGGACGACGUUAUAAAAAAGAUUUUGAUGACUGAAGUAGGGAUUAAGCGCAUGUCAAACGGAAGGAAAUCUCCUGAAACUUCGUCGGAAUUCGACUCUGACUCCACUGAAGCGGACGAGCAUAGGUCGGCCUCUACCAAAGACACGGCGGAAGUGUGCGCGGAGAUGUUUACGCGACAAGUGCGCUUCGAAUAACAGCUUUGUUCAGGCUACGAACGAUGCAAACAUAAUAAUUAGCCUAAUUUCUGUGCCCACAAUAUUUAUCAUACAAGCCGUAGAUUGCCGCGAUAAUGACAAUGAAAGGCGCCAAAUACAUGUAUGCGCGAAUCGCGACGCGAAAAAGAGAGCGAGAGGUUUUGAAAAUUUAACAAAAGUUUUAUCUAGGCACACCCCUUAUUACAAAAGAUUCACAAUUCGGUUGUCAAUUUACAUUGGCAAACUGGGGCUAUUCAUUUCUUUAGAUUGAUUUCCCAAACUAGAAAUAGAGAAUGCGAACGGAAGGCCUGAAAUCAUCUUCGGUUAUCGCGGUGUUCGCGAGCGACUCGCGCAAGAAUCUAUUUGGCGCUUUAUACUUCAGUAUCUUGCCUGUUAUUAAUAAGAAUUUUAUGACAUAUUCGACUGCGAAUGUUUAUUAAUUGCUCAAUUAUUGUGUAAUUUCCAUUGACAAAAUACAAUGUAAUUAUUCGUAGUACUACGUUUUAUGUACUUACAAUACAUUCUUAUAAAGUGUUCUUAAAUAUAAAGUUUCAUGAUGUUUCAUAUUUUAUAUACCAGUAAAUUUUACCAUCUAAUAUGGGCCAUUUACCUUGUAAGCUGUGCUUGUAAGUAUUGUUAUGUUGUAAUGAUUACAACACUUUUACUGUGAUUUGAUACUUAAUUUUGUGUUUAGAUUUAGUUUAGUUGAUAGACGUAUUUAUUUUAGUUAUUAUUUAGGUGCAAAGUCGGGCACAUUGUCACUAUUAAUAGUGCAGAUAACAUAAGUGAUGUUUUUAAGUUGUAUGACAUGUUAAGAUUUAUUAUAUUUUCUGAUGCAAA